AUGGAUGCUGUUGCCGCGACCUGUACAGAUAUACCUAUCUUGCGCGUUUUAAAGUCGGCAGAAGCUGCUGGGGACCUUCAGUGGCGCGGGUACUGCGUGUGGCCGGGAGGACCACCACCUCGAAACAUAGAUGUUACGCAAGAUUUUAUAGCCUUUGCGGAACUGGCCUCAACCGCGGUCCCCCUGAUGAAGGUUUGGCUCAAUCUGUACAUGAUCUACCCCUCCGCGAAGAGUUACAACCCAACCUACUGGAAAUGUGUGCCACACAUUGGUGCACCCCAUGCAACCACAGAUUUUGUACCCAGCGGCGCCCUUCCACCGCGGGAGGACUGCUUUGUCCUAGGAGAUCAAAAACAAUCUAGUCGGGCGAGCUCGGUAGUAUCUUCAACUCAGGAUUCCAACGAAGGGGCUCCGUCGUUCCACUCAAGCUCAGCUAGAGACUCCACCCCCGAAAACAUCAAUUCAUCUUCCGCUGUUGAUGCUGGCGAGAACGUCAAUGACUCUGCUUUGGGUGUGGAGGGAUCCUCCAUGGAAAAACCUGGGGCCGGCACCGCAACACCGACUCCAAGCAGCAAGACCAAUGGCGACUCCGGUUCCCCGGCGCCCCCCAAUGGAAAGGUGAACCAACCAGACCUGCCGGACAUUGUGAUGCUGGACGGUCCUCCCAGCUCCUGGGUUUCAAACAGCGCGGCCGAUGGCGACUCUGCUCGUGGGAUUCAAUCAAAGCCCACGACAAGAAGCGGGCCUGCAAUUCUUUCUUGA